CUCUGCAGGUCAUUGUGGACCCGAAUGCUGAAGGGCAUCCGAGGUGAACCGGGUCCUACCAAUACCUCCGCCCUCGUCACCGAACCCAGUAAAGCACAGCACCAAACGUAGUUUCCAGGAAGUCAAGCAUGUGCAGCAGCCUGAACAGUGUGAACAGCAGUGACUCUCGCUCCAGCGGCUCCCACUGCCACUCCCCCACCUCCCAUUUCCGUUACCGAGCCUCCUCCUCCUCCUCUUCCUCGGUGCUGCCCCAGCAGACGCCGGCCCGCCUCUCCUCCAUCUCCUCCCACGACUCGGGCUUCAUCUCCCAGGACGCCUUCCAGUCCAAGUCCCCGUCCCCCAUGCCGCCGGAAAGCUCCCAGUCGUGUGUCUCCCUUUAUCCGAGGAGCCUUCCUCUUCCUCCUUUCCUCACCCUCUCACAGCGAGCCCCACUCUGGGCUACAACAGGUGAACAUCACACAUGAAAGAGACCAAACACACACACAAAAACACACCACACACACAC